UAGCUAGUCACUGUUCGGAUUACAACUUCUAAUCAUGAAGUUAUUGUUUAUCGUAUAAAAACAUGGACGCCGAAAGAAAUUCUAGUGAGGACAGAAAUGAAACCCGUGACAAUAGGACAUUCGACUUGCAUUUGGAUCGGGUUGUGGCCUCUCAACCUGAAAUCGGUCCGACCCCACCAGAUGGGCACUAUGGAUGGAUGAUAGUGAUAGCUGCAUUAGUGUAUCAAAUAACAGUACCUGCUGUACUUACAAUGUACGGAUUAGUCAUUUUAAAAGGUUUGAAAGAAGUGGACCACGAUGAAAAUGAGCAAUUGAAAAUAUGGGACGCCGAUUUAAUGUUAGUACCAGUUAUGUUAACGGUCAUAAGGCUUCUGCUGGAGUCUUGGAGCAGGCUUUUAGUGAAGACUUUCAAUAUGCCUCGUUUUAUAGCUCUGGCAGGGCUGUGCCUCACAGUGGCGGGAAUUCUGCUGUCUAGUUACUCUACCGAUGUUGAUAGUAACGAUUAUAUUGUGAACAUAUUCGCUGGUAUUUUCGCAGGAACGGGAUGCGCAUUGACAGGACAACAAACAGAGAUGAUACUAACAACCUACUUCCGAGAAAAACUGGUGAUACUUCAACGGCUGAUCAAGAUGGCGCCGUCCAUAGGCAAUGUUUUAGUGCCACUCUUGGUCGGUUACCUAUGCAGCCUGCACCCAGCCACUGGGGUAGUGAUGCGAUACGCAGCAAUCAUCAUGCAGAACUGCUUCCUCUUAGCAUCAUACACCAGACCGGUUUACAUAGAGAAAGUUAUAAAAACUACUUACAAGUCACUCCAAGACGCAAUUGAAGACGAUGACCAAGUCAUAUUCUCGAAUCAGAGCAGAUCAAACGAGAGGAACGCGCAGACCAACCCAGUUGCCGCAGGAACGAGUGCCCAAGAGGACGAUGGCACCGACGUAGUUGUGUUCGAUUCCAAAAAGAACGCUAAAGAAAUUAUCGACCCGCAAAUUCAACAGCGCGAGAAGAAAAUAGUCAUAAACGACAAUAGAUUUUCCUCAGAUUUCAGCACUAUGUACACUUCAUCCAAUAACAGAUUUUCAUCAGAUUUUGGUAAUCUUGACGUGACCAGCUACAGCAGAAUUGACGCUUACCAAGAAUUGGAGAGUAUAGACAGAGAAGCUUCAAAUCCCCAGCCUUUGUACAGAGAAACUACAGUUAACUCUCCAGAAAAUAAUAUAGUGUUCAACACAACAAUGACAGAAGGGACUGCUAGAAGAACUGGAGCGUUGAAGAAGAAUUUUAUAGCAAUAAAAAGCAUGUUACUGGAUCUCAACUUCUAUUUGUACACGUUGCUACAUCUGUGCACUACGUUUUCUGUCCUCAUUUUAGGAGUUGUACUCCCGCUUCUGAUAUGGAACCGAAAUCCGUCGAUGAAUGUUUGGGGGAUUUCGAAAAUGUUAUCCCUGUCCCACGGCGCUGCCCUUUGCUUCAUAUUGCUCUGCAUCUUCCUGCCAAAAUCCAUCAAUGAAAAAGUGAGGCUUUGCUCUAUGUUUUGUUUGACUGGCUCUAUUGGAUUUUAUGGUAUAACCUUAACUGAAGGCAAGUUCCUUCUAAUAGUUUGGUGCAUGUUCGCCAGCUUCGCUACAGCUGCCAGCAGCAUGUUCCUUCAGCCCUUGCACACAAACAGCACUUUAAACGAGUUUAGCACUACAGCUACUAUAACAUCCGCUAACAUUGUAGUGGCCGUUUUCAUGACAAUAUGGAGUGUGAUUCGAAACUAUGAGUACCAGACUUGCUUCAUGAUAGCCAGUGUCAUGCAAACAGGUUGCGGUCUAGUAUUCUUCUUAUCCUCCUUCAGACGCCGGAGAUAAUAUUAAUUAUAUUUAAGUAAUAAAUAUUUAUUAUAAAUAAUAAAAAUAAAUAGUAUUUACAUUUUCAUUUAUUUUAUUAUAAGAGAUCACUUUUCUAUACAAUAAAUGUGUCGACUAAUAAAAUAUUUUAAAUUCUUUCUUACAGUGUCAACAUGCUGUACUAUAUACAAAUAUAGUCUGUUUUUUUUUAUCUCAAGAGACAUUUGGAUUAACUAUGUUGCCAGCUUUUUGCGAUUACUUAUUAGUGUUGUGGCACUAUCGGAAAUUAAUAUUAAUUACCGGUUUUUAUACGUUAUUUAGAAAUAAUGUGUGGGUGUUUAUGUAAUAUUUUUUUUAUUAGUUUAAUGUAUAUUUAUGUAUAAUUUUAAAACUAUUAGCAUUCUGUACUCCUUUAUAUAAACUAUAAGUGUGCAGAAAUUUUAUACUCGUCCAUCCGAGCAAUUUAUUUAUUUAGUUUAAGGGGUACAAAGUUAUUGCUUUACGUAUUAAUAUAUGAAUUCCACAUAGAUACAGAUGCAGUAAAAUAUAGUCUGUAAUACUAUCGAAUACAUCAUUUAUUCGAUUCAUUUAUAUAUAUAUAACCAAUUCGAAUGUGCUAAUAAAGCUGCUAGUUCUUGUGACGUCUGUGGAACGUCUAUUGCUUAAUCUAUAUAAUAAUAAUCUAUACGUAAAUAUAAGGCCAGUCAUAAAUUGUAUACCAAGCUAUUAAAUAGGUCGAAAAUUUGCGAAAAUUAACAACCUUCAAUAAUAAAACAAACACGGAAAUCGGAAAAAAAUUUCUAAUGACUAAUUUUUUUUAAUAUCUCUCUAGAUUCUGAUUGGUAUACCCUUUAAGACUAUCCCUCUGUUAUAAUAAAUGUUUAUACUAAUAUAUUUAAUACAUGAUUAAUAAAUUAUUAAUUAAAAUUAAUUCAAUAACAGUUACAUUUUAAAUGCUCAAUAACCCUCAUAUUUUUAUGCACCAUAAAUAAAUAGGAAUGUAAUUUUAAAAAUAUCAAACCAAGUCCUAUCAAAGAGACCGCAACGGCCUCUUUGACAGGACUGCUGGCUGGCCGCUUAUAACACAAAACUAGAACGGACAGAACAAUUGACGAGACACGGAUACGACAGAUAAGAAUACGAACGAUAUAGGAUUUUAUAAAUUACUAGUUACUCGCCCCGGCUUCGCGUGGGUGUACAUGUAUUAUAUAUAUAAACCUUCCUCUUGAAUCACUCUAUCUAUUAAAAAUAUCAGCUACAAAAUCCGUUGCGUAGUUUUAAAGAUUUAAGCAUACAUGGAACAGACAGCGACAGCGACUUUAUACUAUGUAAUGAUAUUUUAUUAUUAAACAAGCUUUCUUUAUUAUUUAUCGACGACAAUCUGAACGUUCGCGCCGACAAGCAGACUGUUCACAUGUUUCGCAAUAGUUGUGAAAUUAAAAUAUUAUUUGUUAUCAUCCACUACUGACCACAUCCCCGAUACACACAGACAGAAUUACAACGGUCUGAGCCGAGGUUCAAACCUGUAGCGGUGCCCUCAAAAAUCGUAUCCGUCAGGCAGGAGUUGGCCUUCAGCCGCUCCAUAAGUCCUUCCUUUGGUUUGCAGUGCCAUCAGCACUCACCCCCUAUCGUCCGGUGAAGCUGUAACGGCCAGCUGCGACCAUUACUGCGAACGUAAU